AUGAAAGAGGUCAUUGAGGAGAGAGUGGUGCCGGGCCUUCGACUUUCCAUUGCUGGGUUUGCGCUCUCCCAGACAGGCGGGCAUGGUGAUAUGCGCGGCCCGCACGAGUCUCAGCUCUGCUGCGGUGGCUCUGUCUCCGGUAUUAGCAAGAUCGUGGAUGGCCCAGCCCCGUGCUCCAAAUACGCACGCGACGAGCUUCAGCAGGGUGCAGACUACAUCAAGAUCAUGGAUGGAGGCGGCGUGGCAAGUCCGACCGUCCGCAUCGAGCAUGUGCAGUUUUCAGAUGAGGAGAUCAAGGCCAUCGUGACGGUUGCCCACAGCGCCGGCACAUACGUGACGAGCCACAGCUACACGGCCCAAGCUAUUCAGCAGGCCAUCAAGCUCGGCGUUCGGGGCAUUGAACACGGCAACCUCCUCGACUUGGAAACCGCGCAGUUGAUCCCUGAGAAGGGCACGUUCUUGACGCCGACUCUCAUUGCUCACGUCAGGUCGAAGCAAAUGAACUUUCUGCUGCCGGAUGGUGCGGCGAAGAACGACAAAGUUCUCGAGAGGGGAUUGAGGGCGAUGAGGAUGGCUGUUGACGCUGAUGUCACGGUGUGCUUUCGCACUGAUCUUCUGGGGCCGAUGCACUUUGCGCAAAGCAAAGAAUUCUCGCUUCGCAGCAAGGAUUUGACUCCUAUCCAGAACUUGCGGAAUGUAACUAUUAAUGUGCCUCGUCUUCUCAUGCCAGAAACUAGGCUCGGUCAGGUCCGAGAGGGCUUUGCAGCGGAUCUGCUGGUUCUCGAUUCGAACCCAUUGGAGGAAAUCACUGUUUUGGACUGGGCCGAAACAGAGUACAUAUAUGUGCAAGGCAAGAAGCCCACGAUUGAUUUCACCGGUACACAAUCUGGGAUGGAUCUGUUAUACACGCUGUGUGCUGACCACGCCGAUCAAGAUGUAGAGCAAAUGGACCUCAUCGGAGGCUGUAUGCUGUCGUUAUUACAAGAGACUCUAUAA